UCUUAGAUACUUGGUUACAAGUUAUUGGGCCGACAUGGCAAAUCAAUGGGCUUGACAGGCCUGACUUAAAGUUUCAAAAAGCGCAAACGGGAAAACAGCUAACGGCGACUCGCGAGCACAGCUUAAACAAAAUACCAUAUUAUUUCAUAAUUCUUCAUCAUUGCCAAAAAGAAGCCGUCGAGAAAAAUAUUUAUCUAAAACGCACCGUUUUUGGCGCCUCUUCUCUCUGCUCCGGUCCGUCCUUUAGAGAUAAAGGCCAUUCGCCGUCCGGAAGGUCUAGAUCUUUCUGGAAGCCAUUUUCAUAUAACUCCUCCGCUCUUCUGCCCCUCCCCUUCAUCGCCUUCGCAAAUUUUCGGUCUUGUGAUUGGAUUUAAUCGAACUCCGACUUCAAAGGAUUUCGCCGGUGAUUUAUUCUGACUCUUGACUGCAUUCAUUUCCAUCGGUGCCGGUUAUUCUUUCCGUUGCUUGUACUAUUUUCUCGUCUGAAGAGACGGUAGCUGAAGUCGAUUAGCAUGGCGGACCAUUCACAUGAAGGUUCCAGCACCAGCAGUAAUUCCGGCGAGCCUGGAACUUCCAUUAUUGAGCUGAACAUUAAGACUUUAGAUUCACAUAUCUACAGUUUUCACGUGAAUAAAGAUAUGCCAGUUCAAUUGUUCAAGGAGAAAAUUGCAAAUGAAAUAGGAAUCCCAGUGAAUCAGCAACGUUUGAUAUUCAGGGGAAAGGUUUUAAAGGAUGAAUGUUCUCUUUCUGAAUAUUAUUUGGAAAAUGGACAUACAUUGCAUUUAGUUGAAAGGCAACCAACUCAGCAGCAUGCACCAUCUGAAAGUAGCUCCGGUGACAGACCAGGGAAUGUACCUUCAUCGACCGGUAACGAAGCUGGAGUUGGUGCCCCUCGAAAUCGUGUUGGACAAAUUGCGCAUAGUGUGGUUUUAGGAACGUUUAAUGUUGGAGAUCAAGGUGAAGGAAUUGUUCCUGAUCUUUCACGGGUUAUUGGGGCGGUUCUGAAUUCCAUUGGACUAAGCGGCCAAAAUACAAACAUCCCUACUGGCAUGCAGUCUUCAGGGCCUAACAAUCGUGGAACAGCAAAUCAAGGAAAUGAAACAUUUAGAGCUAAUAAUGGGGUUGGAGGACAAGCAACAAGUCAGGCUCAAACCGGACAGGCAUUUCCCGGCCAACCAUCACAAAGUUUUCCUCACAUGAUUCAAAUUCCACUUGCCAGUGCAGCUGUAUCAGUUCCUUCCAUUCAUUCGCCCAUUCCUGAUUCUAUAACAACACUUUCUGAGUUCAUGAACCGUAUGGAGUUGGCAAUAUCUCAGAAUGGCGGAGAUCUAACCAGGGUGGAACUGCCUACAAAUCCCCAAGGUUUGCCAACCACUGAAUCUUUGAGCAUUGUCUUGCGUCAUGCUCAACGGCUUCUAAGUGAUUAUGCCAUAUCUUCACUAUCCCGCAUUGCUGAGCGAUUGGAGCAAAAUAGCUCUUCCACUGAUCCUACAGUGAGGGGUCAAAUUCAGGAAGAGUCAGUACAAGUAGGACUUAGGAUGCAACAAUUUGGCUCCCUUCUUCUGGAACUGGGUCGUACAAUCUUGACACUCCGCAUGGGGCAGUCACCUGUUGAGUCAGUUAUUAAUGCUGGCCCCGCAGUGUAUAUCUCUCCUAUGGGGCCAAAUCCCUUGAUGGUUCAGCCUUUCCCCCUUCAAACUAAUUCUCUCCUGGGUGGUGCUGUACUACCAUCAAACCCAGUUUCUGUCGGUGCAGUUGGUAUUGGAACUGCCCCUAGGCACAUCAACAUUCACAUACAUGCUGUUGGUACCAGGUCAAAUAAUGGGGAGGGUGCACCUGCAGAGCGUCAGAAUGUGGUCAGUGGACCUACAGAUUCAAGUGUAGCACAGGCACCUCCUGCAGUCAACAUUCAACAUCCACUAGGCGUUUCGAUUUCUGCGGCUGUACAACCUGGUGAAGGUGUUUCUUUUUCCCAGCCUUUCCCUGAUUCCGUUUCAUUGUCCUCCAUUAUUGCUGAUGUCAAUUCACGAAUUAGAGAUUUAGUUGGUAAUGUUGGAGGUGGUAGCCCUACUGAAUCAGGUCAAGUGCAAACAGCAGUUCAGAAUUCUUCUAGUGGUUCUGGACAAGGGAGUGAACAGCACAGUGAUACGAAAAGGGACGUUGGUGGAGAGUCGAGUGAGUCAUUACAUGCGCAGAACCCAGAAAAUGGAAUUAACAAGAUUGUAAACCCAGACAAUAUUUGUCGAGAUACAGGGGGUGUAAACCCACCGGAUUUACCAACAUGCUCUGGUGAUGGAGGAUCUGAAUUUGUUGGAAGAAAUGAAGAAAAUUUUCAAAGUCAGGCAUCUUGUGAGAAGAGCACGGGAACAGGGCCUUCCCAAGCUGUUCCACUCGGACUUGGACUGGGGGGUUUGGAACGUCCGAGGCGAGGCAGGCAGCAAAUUUCGCAGGCUAAAGGGGGUAGCAGCGGAACCAGCCCCAGCCAGGGCUCUACAGGCCAGCAGUUUUUACAAUCUCUUGCCUCCAGUGCUUCCAUGAAUAGGUCAAAUGCUCGUGAACCCUCAGGCCUACAUUCAACUGUUAACCCGACUGUGGCUGGCAGAGCCUUGCAUGGGUCAGGUUCUGACGGCCAAAUUGAUCUGGGAAGCAGUAUGUCCCAAGUUUUGCAAAGUCCUGCUUUGAAUGGUCUAUUGACAGGGCUUUCUGAGCAAGCUGGCGUUGGUUCUCCUGAUGUUUUGAGGAACAUGUUGCAACAGCUCACGCAAAGCCCUCAGAUGAGAAACACGGUCAAUCAAAUUGCUCAGCAGGUUGACCCUCAAGAUAUUGAGCACAUGUUUGCUGGGUCAGGUAGAGGCCAAGGUGGUGGUGUUGGUGGUAUCGAUUUGUCCAGGAUGUUCCAACAGAUGAUGCCCAUCGUCUCUCAAGUGCUUGGAGGAGGGCCAAUGCAACCGUCUUCCUCUAGCAUGAACAGAGAGCCAAGGCAACCACUUUCGUCAAACCUUGAAAGAGAGCCAACGCCUCACGUUCAUAGCGAGAGGUCUGGUUGUGGGUUGGAAACAUCUAACGAUCCAAAUUUUCAGAUCGACUCCCAAGAUCUUGCUCGAAGGAUCACAUCUACCAAUUCACCAAGGGACGUCUUUCGUGCUGUAGUUGAGAGUUCAGCUCGGCUUUCUGGCAGUAGUAGCGAAGAUAUCGCAAAUGAGUUGUGCAGCGACGAGAGACUUGCUAAGGAAUAUGUAGAGAUCGGAAGAGGGUAUAUUAUUAUUUUAUAUAUAAUAUAGAUUUCAUGGGUGGGAACAGUGGCUUUGCUUGGCGCUCUGGUAAUAUGGUGAAUUGAUUAUUUAUAUCCUUUCUUUUCCCAUCUGGCUUUGUCUUCAUACACAAGAUUGUUGAUGCUCCAAAGUAACUUUAUGUUACCAUCUCCUUUAAAUCUCAUGUUUUGCUUUUCCUUUAAUUGUAGAUUCUCUAGGUUGUAAAAUACCUUCCCUUUUUCUUUUUCCUUUUCUGGUUCAUGAGAGGAUGGACAUAUUUUCGAAUCCUCUUGAGAUUAUUGUUAUGAAAUUCAAUAUUAUUUAUUAAUGGUUGUGUAUUUUGAUUUUCACAAUUUAUAGAUA